CAGAUUUUUCGAUUUUUGUUGACGCUACGAUAUUUCUGUUUACAAAAUAAAAAUUUAUUGCAUGAAAAAUGAAGACACAACACGAAUACAAAAAAUGUUUCAUAACAGUAGGAACAACACGUUUCGACCUACUUUGCAAAUGCAUUCAAACACCAAAAGUUUUGCGUGCGUUAAAAAAACUUGGAUGUAAAGAGAUAACCUUUCAAAUAGGGAACAGUGAUUAUGAGCCAGGUUUUUAUGAGAAAGAAGGUGUAAAAAUUGAGUUAUAUAGGUUCAAAGAUUCGUUAAAAGAAGAUAUGAGAAGCGCUGAUCUAGUUAUAAGUCAUGCUGGAGCAGGAAGCUGCUUAGAAGCGUUGGACGCAAAUAAACCACUUUUAGUUGUUAUAAAUGAAGAUUUAAUGGAUAACCAUCAAAUGGAACUGGCUGAACAGCUACAUAUGUCUGGGAAUCUUUACUAUUGCACAUGUGACACAUUGGAAGACACUUUAGAAACUGUUGAUUUCAGUUGGUUGUCACCUUUGGCUAAACCUACACCAAAUAACUUUGUUAAAUAUUUAGAUAGUGUAUUUACUGUAAAAAAUCUUUCUAAAUAAGCAAAUAUUGUUUGAAGCAAAUCUGCUUAAAAAAAAUCUAUUUGUAAAACAAUUUUUUGUACAUGAUUAUUUUGAAAAUCUGCAAUAUGAGAAUGUCAAAUUGAAUUGAUUGAAUCUUCGUUAAGCUUAGCUUUGCUAUGGUUGAUAUUGACUGCAGUUUUUGCAGAUUCUUCUCAGUAGAUAAAACUGCCCAACUAUCCAUGAACCAGUGGUAAAUUCUUUGCCAACAACACCUUGAUAAUUAUAAGGAUUUGAAACAA